AGACCCAAACUCCAUUGCCCUUCUGCCAGCAAAACACAACACAUUCUAGCUUUCGAAGUAGAGGUACAUAUUAUAUAUACACAUAUAUACAGAUUGGGGAUCAGUGACCAUGAAGAGCAGCACGGUGAUGGUGAUAUGCCUGGUUCUCCAGGCCGCUCUGGCCAUCGGGACCCUGGCGGAUAAUCAUACCCCGUUCGAGGAGAGCAAGGCGAUCGACAUCAACCCGGGCAAGCUGGGGUGCUGCAGCAGCUGCAACUUCUCCUUCUCGGGCCUCUACACCUGCGACGAUCUUGUCAAGAAAUGCGACCCCGUCUGCAACAAGUGCGCCGUCGUCAAGACGUACCCUCUCAAGCAGUUCAGGUGCGUCGACACCUUCCUCGGCAUCUGCGACCCGCCCUGCGGCAAGAAGAACUGAUCCAUGGAUUGGGGUUUACUGGCUAACUGUGAUUGGGGUUUGCAUGACAAUAAGCCGUGGUUUUAGGCAUGUGUUUGCCAAAUUAAAAAAAUGAUCGAUGUGUUUGUCAGCCUGUCAGGUGUUGUAACUAAGCGUGGGAUGCCUCUCUUUCCUUGAGAGGGACACGGGGUGGUUAAUCUUGUGUUCUCUUGUUGUAUUCUACUCCAUAUCUUAUGAACAAGAGCUCUUCUACGGUACCCUGAAUAAAUAUAGACCGUCCAUUUCUUUC